CUAACGUAAAGCGAGAGAAAGGGUCGUAAAAAUAAUUCCCGCGGUGUUGGAAAAGUCGGAGUAGGAUCCAUUGUGGCGCUUCGUCGGAGAGAGAUUGAGAGACUGGAAGAAAAGGGAUUCUCACCGUUGAAUCAGUUCGAAAAGAAAACAAGAAAAAACGACGUUAAUGUGCAGAACAAGAUAUAGCACAAUCGUACCAAUCGACAAGAACUGAGUGGAUGAAGAGUUAAGAGACAACGUCGCUAAUGUUGAUUUCGGUAGCUACAAACGGGAUCAUAACACGAACCUUUUUAGUUGAGUUUUUAACGAUUUGCUCUGUGGACUGUCAUCGGACCUAACACUGUAAGCUGUGGCGACGUUAUUUUUCCUCUUAACCUUUCCUACUACAAUGUAGCCUAACCAGCUGGCAUGUCAACUGUAUUUUGAAGAACAGUCGCAACAUUUAAAAGCGCUGUAUGGUUGAAACUAAAGGCGUUGCGUUAGGCUACUCUUUGAAACGGCGAGAGAAGAAAGUCGAACAGGUUUGAUUGCAGGCGUGUCACAUGGUCGGGGUGCUGACGGGUCGUGAACAUGGGUCGGGACGCUCUUGGGAAAACUUGAAAUCGGGACCGCCUUGACACGCUCCCGUGACGAGACGGUGAUGGGGCUCACGACGAUGGCGAAGCAGUGAGGCCCGGCCCGGUGGACCUUUACCCACAAUCCCCUCCUCCCGCGUGUUAUGUGACCAUGCUGCGCUUCAUCCCCAUCAAAUUGGGCCGCCUCUACCGGUGCCUGAAGCUGCUGCUGGUGGUGGGCCUGUUCGUCAUCCUCCUGAUGAACACGCACAACCUGUUCGCCUCCUUUCAGAAGAACGAGCUCACCGACCGCCGCUUCAUCAACCUCAACAAGUGCCCCGCCUGCUUCGGCACCAGCUGGUGCCGCAAGUUCAUGAACGGGCAGGUCUCCUUCGAGACCUGGGGGCGGCUGAGGUUCCUGGAUGUCUUCAACGUGAAGAACGUCUACUUCGCGCAGUACGGGGAGCCCAGGGAGGGCACCAGGAGGGUGGUGCUCAAGCGCCUGGGCUCCAACCAGGAGCUGGCCGACAUCGACCAGAAGAUCUGCAAGCGGGCCACGGGCAGGCCUCGCUGCGACCUCAUCCAGGCCAUGUACAAGACCGAGUUUGCCCGCCUCAACGGGGACGUGAGGCUGCUCACGCCGGACGUGGUGGAGGGCUGGUCCGACCUGGUGCACUGCCCGUCCCAGAGGCUGCUGGACCGCGUGGUGAGGAGGUACGCCGAGACUAAAGACUCAGGGAGCUUCCUUCUCAAGAACUUGAAGGACACCGAACGCAUGCAGCUGCUGAUGACCCUGGCUUUUAACCCCGAACCCCUGGUGCUUCAGAGCUUUCCGUCAGACGAGGGCUGGCCCUUUGCCAAGUACCUGGGAGCGUGCGGGCGGAUGGUGGCGGUGAACUACGUGGGCGAGGAGCUCUGGAGCUUCUACAACGCCCCCUGGGGGAAGCGCGUGGACCUGGCCAAGCAGCUGAUGGACAUCGCCGAGCAGCUCACCAACAACGACUUCGACUUCGCCCUUUACCUCCUGGACGUCAGCUUCGACAACUUCGCUGUCGGGCCUAGGGACGGGAAGGUCAUCGUUGUGGACGCAGAGAACAUUGUUGUGGCUGAUAAAAGAUUAAUAAAACAAAACAAGCCGGAGAACUACGACGUUUGGUACGAGAGCAAGUUCGAGGAGUGCGACAAGGAGGCGUGCCUCUCCUUCUCCAAGGACGUCCUCUGCUCGCGCGUCACGGUCGACCACAACUACUACGCCGUCUGCCAGAACCUGCUGUCCAGGUACGCCUCGUGGCGCGGCUCCACGGGCGGGCUCCUGCACGACCCCCCCGCCGACGUAGCCAAAGACGGCCGCCUGGAGGCCCUGCUGGACGAGUGCGCCAACCCCAAGAAGCGCUACGGCCGGUUCCAGGCGGCCAAGGAACUGCGCGACUACCUUACGCAGCUGGGGAGCGGCGCCAGGUAGUGAACGGGGGGGCCGGCGCGUCUCAACCCCCCCCCCCCCAACGUCUCAGCGCGGUAGCAGACUUUAUUUUUUUCACGUCGGAAAUCGAACUCUGGAAUCCUGGGAAAACGAGUCCCCGCCUCUUUCGUUUACAUCACGUUUCUGUGUUUCUGACAGAUCUUUUUAUUUUUUUUAUUUUUUUUGACUGUUGUAUUUGUUUUAAUUAUUUAUUUCUUUUGCAAUGUGGUUGUCUUAUUUUGUUGUGCAAUGGGAGCAGGGCGGUGAUGGACUGGUUGUGUUUGCACUCACCCCGGUGCUCCCCCCGUCCCCCCCGUCCCCACCCCUGUGUACCGGAGAGGGGAGGGCGGAUUUCAGGUCAAGGCACGCGUGCGUGCGCCCGGAACUUGGGGCCGUGCUAAUGAUGACGAGCCAGUGAGCUGGAGGGCAAGCGAGCGCCAUUAAUACAGAGGACUGAUUGUUAAUAACAUCCCUCUUACAGGAGCUCACUCGCCGGAGGUCCCCUCCGUCUGCUGGGGAAUUUAUUAGGAGUCUAUUAUGUUUGCCCUAAUUAAUUUUUAAUGGUCUCUCACAAAAUUGUAUUGAGCAUUUCUUUUUUUUGAGUCUUGGAUUGGAGCUUAUUGUAACGAUAAGCUCACAUGGCGGACUCUUGGUGCCUGCUGGGGCUUUGCUGGUUAGUCCUGUUUCAGUUUCCGCCGGGUGCCGGAGAGACUGGCCCCUCCCCCAGCGAGAAGGGAUUACGAAAUUGCCCCUGCCGUGGGCAAAAACGGGCCGGGACGGUCCCCCCCAUCCCCAUAAUCAAUAUCCCCCCUCAUCCACUGUCCCAAGCAGGACUGAGCAGACGUGGAGCCACAUGACAGGAAGCCCACAGGGACCCUGUUAGCCUCGCUGUAAAGUUUCCCCCAAUCCUUGCGCACGCCUCUCCAAAAGGGCUAGUGAUGAGAUUUCACUUUCAUAGCACACUGCUUAAGGAAUAACAUUCACACCCUUCCCUUCUCUGGCCCUCAUUUCCUCUUGUAGGUUUCCACAAUGGCCGUGUGUUAUUCUGAGUCAGGUUUGAUGGCACAGCUUUGCGUGGGCGGAGAAGUCUUGCUGAACUUCAGAUGGCGACAGGUGAUUUUAAAGGAAUGCGUCGCUCGUGGUUUUCCACUAUCAAACACAGGUUUCCAAACUGUGCAGCUAUGCUGAGUAGUAAUAGAGCCAAGCAACAUUAGGCUUAUUUUGACAUGUGCAGAAGAGUAUGUGCAGAACAGAUACCCUGCUUAAUUCCCAUAACUGCUUCCACAUGUAGGUGUUACAGUCACAUGCUGAUUGGCUAUCGUUAAUGUGUCCGCAGGGCAUCAUGUUUUUGAUUCCAGAUGGUGGCACAAGGAACUGAAAGGUGAUUAUCUGCUUUUAUCGUUGCUAAAAAAAUAACUCAUCUUUUAUCAGUCAUUUUCUGCUAAAUUGUUCUCUGGCCAUUCUAUGCAGUAGAUGUCCAUGAAGACCACCCUUUAUCUAGAUGGCAGCACGAGAAUUUCAAACCGUUUUUUUUUUUUUAAGCCUUUUUUAGGCACUGAGGUUUUCUGCUUUUUGUUGUCCUGGCUAAACUUAAUGCCAGCCGUGAGUCAUUUUUUUCUUUUAAGAAAAAACGAAAGUAGCGAGGUUGUUCUGUAGUGACACCGUUGGCCCACGCUCCACUUAGCGAGCACCUGCUCAUAUGCCUGAAGGACUGCAGUUCCACAUCGGCCGCCUCCCAUUCAGCCUGACACGAGCGGUGGAAAAACACCCGCCAGCACAACGCCGCGACCAUCCCAAAUCCUGGAAAAUGGCCGCCGGCCCUUCCGCCGCCCUGCUUUUUUUUUUUUGCGUUCGGCAAAUUUCGAGGAGGUAGGAGGUCAGGAGAUUUACGAGGUUACGUAAAUUGGAGAAAGUUACGGGAGUGCGCCCGUCCUUUUUUAGAAAACGGGCACGCGCCGAAGAAUCUGGUUUGCGAAAGAGAGUCUUUUUUUAAUUUUUUUUUUUUGUUCCUUGCUCCUCGUUCCCCGCUGAAACCUCCUGUGUCUGACCAGCGAGCCUCUGCUUAGCCCUGAUAAAUGCGACCCCGCAGUCGCUGGGUGUAUCAGGUGAGCCCUGGGGGGAUGCCGAUAUGUGGAAUUGAAAGGGGGGGAGAUUCUGUCGCUGCAGUCUUGGCAGACUCUUUAAUUGGAUUUGAUAAAUGACUCCCGUUGUGCCCGUCUCUCAUUCAAUCCUGCGGUUACAGAGAAUGACCAUUUGAAAAGGGAAUGCAACCCACACCCUACAAAAAAAAAUAAUAACAUCUCCACCGUUUGAUUUACCCGAUUUCUCCACUUAAAAUAAGGAAGUAUAAAUGACUUGAAGGCACCUGCGGUGAAAGCUGUAAUGGUGUGUUUUCUUUGACAAUUUAGUGCAUUGUGUUUGACACGUUUUACAUGGUGGACCAACGCAUUGACGAAGAUCAUAGUACGCAUAUGGAAAUGAAGUGCGAAAGCAAUCCCGUGUCUCUCUUUUUACACUACGACCAGUGCGCUAGGAUAUACUUGAUGAAGUGCACUACGUGGUCUGCAAUCAUUCCGAAGGCCAUUGGAAGUCAGUAGGAACCCCCCUCAAUCACCCCCUCAAUACACACGUGAAUGGGAUGACAAGUACAGGUUGCCUUCUAUUUUUUUAACCCAUUGCAGAUCCAGCGAAAUCAACCCAGCUGAAUAGGAGGGAAAGCAAUAAAUCAGUUUGACUAUUUAAUUCUAAAACAUCGUGCUUGUUUUACAAUUUCAGAUUAAUGCAUUCCUUUGCUCGUUAAUCCUGUUUGCCAACCUCUACGGUCCUGUAAUCUGAGUUUGGGGGGUUCGUAUGUGCAUACAUAACUGUCUGCUUUUGUACUGUAAUAUUUAAGUUGAGUUAUCAUAUCAGCAAUGUCUGAUUUUACUGUGCCUUUCAUUCAAAAGUUGUAUUUACAACUUUUAGUGGGUUUAAAUAUUAAAAUAUGAAUAUAUAUACUAA